AACACCAGUCAUUCACACCGCUAAUUAUACCACCAACGUUAGGACGGGGACUUCCUGACAUCACGGAUGGUCAUUAGCAUUCGGCAGGGGAGGAGGUGGUGGUGCUGGCAAGGACAGCCAGGCACUUAUUCAGCCAGGCACUCAAGCGAGCAAGUAGCUGCUCAGCGCUCACUGAAAGUCCCUAUGGAACAUUUUUGUACUUUCUAGUUUUCUGUUGCUGCAUCCGAAAAGAAUUGUUUUGGAUUUGUUCGAAACGUACACAUUUUAUGCUAUUGCAUUUUGGUAUUUGUGUUCAACCGCUUAUUGCGUUUUUUCUAUAGGUGUCGCUUUACUUCCAAUAAUCCGUGCGCUUGGUGGAUGUGUUUGCGGAGCAGAUUGACUAAAAGGCUCGCGGAGCGAAGGGGACGAAUUGCGGCUUCGCACGGACCAGAGAGUGAGAGUGCAGGAUAUGUAAAACUGUGCCGCAUGAAUAGUAGGCUAGCCUAGACUAUGAAAAGGCUUGCAAUGAUGAAAGUGUGUUUGAAUACUAAUAUCACCGGAAGCAGAGCCAUGCUCUCCCUCUCACCUACUUUGUAAUAAGGAAGAUCUGUAUCCACUGUAAGUGCAGGCGUGAGGAGCAUGUGGUGACAGCCGUGCCUCUGGAGAUGGAGAAGACCGUCACUAAGCUGAUGUACGACUUCCAGAGGAACUCCACCUCAGACGACGACUCAGGCUGCGCACUGGAGGAGUAUGCCUGGGUGCCCCCGGGGCUCAAACCUGAACAGGUUCAUCACUACUACAGCUCCCUGCCUGAGGACAAGGUGCCCUAUGUGAACAGCCCAGGAGAGAAGCACCGCAUCAAACAGCUCCUCCAUCAGCUGCCCCCCCACGACAAUGAGGUGCGUUACUGUAACACUUUGGACGAUGAGGAGAAGAGGGAGCUCAAACUCUUCAGUAACCAACGGAAACGGGAGAAUCUGGGCCGCGGCAAUGUGAGACCAUUUCCCGUGACGAUGACUGGAGCGAUCUGUGAGCAGUGUGGAGGGCAGAUAAACGGAGGUGACAUUGCAGUGUUUGCGUCGCGGGCAGGACACGGCGUGUGUUGGCACCCUGGCUGCUUCGUGUGCAGCAUGUGUGAUGAGCUGCUGGUGGACCUCAUCUACUUCUACCAGGAAGGGAAGAUCUACUGUGGUCGGCACCACGCAGAGAGACUCAAACCACGCUGCUCCGCCUGUGACGAGAUCAUCUUUGCGGAUGAGUGCACAGAGGCAGAGGGUAGGCACUGGCACAUGAAGCACUUCUGCUGUUUCGAGUGUGAGACGGUGCUGGGCGGCCAGCGCUACAUCAUGAAGGAGGGCCGUCCCUACUGCUGCAGCUGUUUCGAGUCCCUCUACGCAGAGUACUGUGACUCCUGUGGGGAACACAUCGGCAUUGACCAGGGCCAGAUGACAUAUGAUGGUCAGCACUGGCACGCCACAGAGGGCUGUUUCUGCUGUGCCCGCUGUAAGAGCUCCCUCUUAGGUCGCCCCUUCCUGCCCAAACAGGGACAGAUCUUCUGCUCGCGCUCCUGCAGCCUGGGGGAGGAGCCUAACGGGUCAGACUCCUCAGACUCUGCCUUCCAGAGCGCACGCUCCACUCGAGAGUCCCGCCGCAGCUCCAAGGCUGGAAAGAACGGGGGGCAGGCGGGGAGGUUUUCGGGUGAGGUGGACCCUCUCUCCUUACAGAUGGACUUGCUGAGUCUGUCCAGCCAGACGCCCAGUUUGACCCGCGAGCCGCCGGCAUGGCAGAGCCAGGGACAGGGGGGUGACACGUACCCCUACGAGGGCCGAUCAGACCACACAGCAACACCCACCCCACUCCAUCUGCCCAGCCAAUGCAACGUCAGGACUGCAUAUAAUUCCACCUCCCCCGGGCAGGGCAACCAACCAAACCACAGGUCCAAGGAGACAGGUGUCACCAAGAGGCUGCCCAUCUCAGCCCUGAAGGGCCGCUCUAUGAAUGAGAACUGGUUCCAUCAAGGUUCAGGGGACUACUACCCCCCCAAACUGAAACCCCAGCAAAGCUUUGACGUACCCCACAGCUCGUCACACCACAACGGCUUUUCUGAUAAGCGCUCAGUCAGUCUGCAUGUGUUCCAGAGGGAGAACCAGAGGGAGAGGGAGAACCAGAGGGACAGGGAGAGGGAGAACCAGAGGGACAGGGAGAGGGAGAACCAGAGGGACAGGGAGAGGGAGGUGGGGCUUCCCCAGCUGGGACGCAGCAGGAACCCCAUCAGCGCACUUAGCUUCACGGAGCAGCUCACUCCCGUAGAGCAGACACCCAGGGGUUCUAUGGAGUCACUGGCCCUGUCCAACGCUACAGGAAUGUCAGCAGACGGAGGAGGGAAGCGCCAGGAGCACCUGUCUCGUUUCUCCAUGCCAGACCUGAGCAAAGACUCUGGCAUGAAUGUGUCAGAGAAGAGCAACAUGGGCACCCUCAACUCCUCUGUCCAGUUCCACAGCUCUGACUCCCUGCACAGCCUCACCUCAGGCCAGCCCUACAUGGAGCUGGAGCCCCCGGUGCAGGUGCAGUACCCUCUGCAGUACUGUGAGCCCCAAGGCCUGGGGAUGGGCAUGAGCCGCCUGCCAGCCGGCUUCACCUACCAGGAGGAGGACAGGGUCAGCCUGGUGAACAGUGCCAAUGCUGCCCGCCUCCCGCCCAUCAGCGAGCGCACGCGGAGACGAGGAGAGGGCCCGGGCAUGGCUGCCCCUGAAGACACCCCUCAGCGCCGGAGACACCAUCACCACCGCUCCCGUCGCUCCAGACGCUCUCGCUCGGAGAACGCCCUGCACCUGGCCGCUGAGCACAGGGAGAGACCCCAGCUGAGAGUCAGGGAGGACUAUGACCAGUUCCCCCCUCCGCGGGGCACCAGGGACCCGUUUGGGGGUGUAGGGGGGAGGUGCAGGGGGCCAGAGCCAUUCAGGCAGUGCCCUCGCACCACCUCUGACCUCACCCUGCAGAAGCCCAGUGCCCACCGCCGUCUCGCCGGGCCCUACUCCUGGGAUGACUAUGAGGAUGAGGACGAGUGGUGCUCCACCUGCUCUUCAUCGUCUGAGUCAGAGGACGAGGGUUACUUCCUGGGAGAGCCCAUUCCUAGGCCUGUGCAGCUGAGGUACCUGAGCAGCCAGGAGCUCCUCCACAAGUACAGCUCCACAGGGGUGGGUGGACCGCACCAAAUGAGCGGCAGAGGGGGACAGCUGCACACCCGUAAACGCCGGAAAAGCAAGAACUGCAUAAUCUCUUAACAUUUGCCCCAUGGCAAGAGACAAGAGAAUGUGCCCUCCCUCCCUCUUUAUACGCUAACAUAGUUCAUAUGUUCAAAAAAGAAAAAGAAAAACAGCCACUCCUCUGAAGUUGUUGAGUAUUGUGAGGUUGACAGCGUGUGAUAUGCAGUUGGGUAAACCGUUGACAGCACAAAUGUUUUGCAUGUUUAUCCAUUUAAUGUUUCAGAAGUUAUCCUGAGUAUUGAUUAUAUUUUUCUGACUCUCACACUGCGCUCUGCUUGUCUGUCACCAUAUUUAUCAAAGCCAACGUGCAAUCGUAAUAAUAAUGUAAUUUCCAUGCAGCAACUGUAAGGUACAGACAAUUCAGUAAGGUCCAGCUUUUUCAUGCAAUGUGAUUUAGGUAUAUACCAUUGUACUCAAGUUUAUAGGAUGUACUGUAUAUAAGUAAAUGAAUGAAUUCACUAAAUUAAGGAAGCAAUGUAAAUACUAUGUAAAUGAGGUCCCACAUAUUUUUAUAUUUUGAAUGGAUAGAAUCAUUUAUGUAUUGAAUAUCUAUAAUGUAGGAAUAGAAAAUGCAUGCCUGUUUAUAUGCUAAUGUGGUCCUGCAUUGGAAUAAAAUAGUAUUUCAGAGAGAGA